AGCGACUGGGAAGAGAGCUAGCGGGGACGACCGGGCGGCCCGCUUGGGGGAAGGGAGUCGGCGGCUCCGUGGGCCUCUGGGGUGUAGUAUGUGUCAGUGCCUGUGAGUGUGUUUGUGUGUGUGUGUCUGUGUGUGUCUGGCGGAGGGCCAGGGUGAUUUCCCAUAAACCACAUGCCCCGCCAGCCCGCCCGCUUAAAAGGCUGUGCCGAGGGCUGGCCAGCGAAGCUCGGCCAGGGGAAAGUGAAAGUUUGCCUCGGUGCUCUCGGUGUCGCUGCGGCUCUCUGCAUCCCAGGACAGCGGCGUGGCCCUCGACCGGGGCGCAGGCUCUCCAGCCACUAGCGAGCAAGGGAGCGAGCGAACCAGGGCGGCCAACACGCCGUGCCGGGACCCAGCUGCCCGUAUGACCGCGCGGGGCGCCGCGGGGCGCUGCCCUUCUUCGACAUGGCUGGGCUCCCGGCUGCUGCUGGUCUGUCUCCUCGUGAGCAGGAGUGUUGCCAAGGAGGUGUCGGAACACUGUAGCCACAUGAUUGGGAAUGGACACCUGCAGGUCCUGCAGCAGUUGAUCGACAGCCAAAUGGAGACUUCAUGCCAGAUUGCCUUUGAAUUUGUAGACCAGGAACAGCUGGAUGAUCCCGUUUGCUACCUAAAGAAGGCUUUUUUUCUGGUACAAGACAUAAUCGAUGAGACCAUGCGCUUUAAAGACAACACCCCCAAUGCCAACGCCACUGAGAGGCUCCAGGAACUCUCUAGUAACCUGAACAGCUGCUUUACCAAGGACUCUGAGGAGCAGAACAAGGCCUGUGUCCGAACUUUCCAUGAGACUCCUCUCCAGUUGCUGGAGAAGAUCAAGAAUUUCUUUAAUGCAACGAAGAAUCUCCUUGAAAAGGACUGGAAGAUUUUUAGCAAGAACUGCAACAACAGCUUUGCUAAGUGCUCUAGCCGAGAUGUGGUGACCAAGCCUGAUUGCAACUGCCUGUACCCUAAAGCCACCCCUAGCAGUGACCCGGCCUCUGCCUCCCCUCACCAGUCCCCCGCCCCCUCCAUGGCCCCUCUGGCUGGCUUGGCUUGGGAUGAUUCUCAGAGGACAGAGGGCAGCUCCCUCUUGCCCAGUGAACUUCCCCUUCGCAUAGAGGACCCAGGCAGUGCCAAGCAGCGACCACCCAGGAGUACCUGCCAGACCCUCCAGUCAACAGAGCAACCAAACCACGGGAACAGACUCACUGAGGACUCACAACCUCAUCCUUCUGCGGGGGGCCCCAUCCCUGGGGUGGAAGACAUUCUUGAAUCUUCACUGGGCACUAACUGGGUCCUAGAAGCUUCUGGAGAGGGUAGUGAGGGAUUUUUGACCCAGGAAGUGAAGUUUUCCCCCUCCAAGCCUGUAGGGGGCAGCAUCCAGGCAGAGACUGACAGAUCCAGGGCCUUCCCAGCAUCUCCAUUCCCUAAAUCAACAGAGGACCAACAGCCAGCAGAUAUAACAGACAUGCCGUUGACAGAGGUGAACCCUAUGAGACCCACUGGCCAGACACAGAAUAAUACUCCUGAGAAGACGGAUGGUUCAUCUAAGCUGCCUGGAGACCAUCAGGAGCCACGCUCUCCCCAUACUGCGACACUGAAUCCCCAACGAGUCAGCAACUCAGCCACCCCCUUUGCUCAGUUACUGCUUCCCAAAAGCCACUCUUGGGGCAUUGUGCUGCCCCUUGGGGAGCUCAAGAGCAAGAGAAGUACCAGGGAUCGAAGGAGCCCCGCAGAGCUGGAAGGAGGACCAGCAAAUGAGGGGGCAGCCAGGCCUGUGGCCCGUUUUAAUUCCAUUCCUUUGACUGACACAGGCCAUGUGGAACAGCAUGAGGGAUCCUCUGACCCUCAGAUCCCUGAGUCUGUCUUCCACCUGCUGGUGCCGGGCAUCAUCCUAGUCUUGCUGGCUGUCGGGGGCCUCCUGUUCUACAGGUGGAAGCGGAGGAGCCAUCGAGACCCUCAGAUACUGGAUUCUUCUGUGGGGCGACCAGAGGGCAGCUCCCUGACCCAGGAUGAGGACAGACAGGUGGAACUGCCAGUGUAGAAAGGAUUCUAAGCUGGGCACAGAGGACUAUCUCUUUAUGGAAGGAGACAUUAUGGGAAUGUCCGCCACUACCCUCUCCUGUCAUCUUCCUGGGAAUGUGGCCUGCCACUACCAGAGCUCCUGCCUACCGAGACUGGAUGAAAGCAGCUUUGAUGGGGUCUUUCCAUCCUCAUCCUUAGACUCUCAUCUAAAGAGAGAGGGCUGGAGGAUGCCCCCCACACACUGCCACUAUUUAUUGUGGGCCCUGGAGGCUCCCUGCAUUGGAGGAAGGGCAGCUCGACAGCUCAGGACCCUUUCCCUUAGGGGCUGCUCCCUCCCCUCAAAACCAGAACCUGGCAAGGGACCCACUAGCCUGUAUGGCCCAUGGGAGACCAGGACAGAUGAGAAGGAGCAGAAGAGCCCUGUGCCCAGAAGACCCAACUGGUGCCAAGGAAUCCCAACAUGGACAGGCAGGGACCUGUUUCCCAAGAAGAGAGCCUGACAUUCAAAGGGUGGGACAGCAUCUGCCCGAUUUCCCAUAAAGGCAUAAAGGCACGCAGCCCAAAAGACGGGAGGAGGAGGCGGCCUUUGGCUGCUUGUGCCGACAGCUUAAAGGGGUCUACACCCUCAACUUGCCUAAGUGCCCUCUGCUGAUAGCCAGGAAGGAGGGAGACCAGCCCUGCCCUCAGGACCUGUCUGACCUGGUUCAUGAUGCCAAGAGGAAGACUGAGCUCUAGCCUCAUCUUUUCCUGCCCAUAGCCCCUGCUAGAGUUCUUUUGCCCAGCAGAGGCACCCCUCAUGAAGGAAGCCAUUGCACUGUGAAUACUGAACCUGCCUGCUGAACAGCCUGUCCCAUCCAUCCCUAAGCGACCAUCCGUCCGAAUGUUCUCCCACUUCCUUCAGCCUCUCCUCGGCUUCUUGCACUGAGCUGGCCUCACAUGUUGACUGAGGGAGCCCCUGAGCCCCGACCUUCCCCUGCCUCAGCCUUUGAUUGUCCAGGGUGAAGCUGUGGGAGAACUGCCUGGGCUGCCAGUCAGAGCUGGUCUUUAGGCUGUGUUCCUUGUCCAGGUUUCUGCAACUUGCACUUUGACAUUCCCAGGAGGGAAGUGACUAGUGGAAGGGAGAGAGGAAGGGGAGGCAGAGACAAAGGCCACAGGCAGAGCCAUGAAUGAGAAUGGGUCUUGAAGAUAUGUGUGUACCCCUAAGCUUGAAGUUGAUCUCUAUACUCCAGCCCCUCAGCCAGCCUCCUUCCGGUUGUCUAAAACCUGGAGCUGAGCAGAUUGUCCUGUCAUGAGCUCUGGGGACUGAGCUCCAUGCUCCAGCCCCACAUGCUUGGCUCCAGCCCCACCCUCUUUUAGCCUUUGUUCUCCAGAUCUGACCCAGGUAGGGAAGGAUACCCUCCCAGUCUCACCUACCUGUCCCUGUGUCAUCUCUAGCCAAGCAAACCAGGUCUAGGGAAAGGUCAAAAAAUGGGUUGUUUACUUCCAACUCACUCUGAUGCCCUCUGUUUCUUGGGCUAGACUUGUCUGUGGUGACAGGGCUCUCACUUGCCCCUUGGUCUCUUUAUGCUGCUGUGUCCCCCUUUCCUGCCUUCCCUGGCGACUGGGUCAAUAAUCUUUCAGGCCAUGGAUCUUGGAAGGGAGUGCUCUGUAGACUCCACCAGCCCUGUCCUGAGACAGCAGGGGAAGGACACUGGAGACUUUCUCGUGUGGGGCUUACUUAGCCUUCUAGUUACAGACUAUUUCCACGCUAGAAAAUACAUAUUUUAAAAUAGAAGGAAAAACACAAAUAAACAAAAAGGCAUUCUCCUACUCCUCCACCCUAAACAUAUAUUAUUAAAGACAAGAGCAAAUCCAACCCAUUGCAAGAAGCUCUUUGUGGGUGCCUGGUUACAUCGGAGCAGGGGGAGCCCCAAAUCCACCUGUGGAUCUGCGGAACCUCCCCUGUGUGCAUAGGAACCCCUUCUCUCCUCUGAGAAAGCCCGGAGGGAGCACUGCCUCACAAACUGUGAGACUGCAUUUUUUUAUACUUGGAAGUGGUGAAUUAUUUUAUAUAAGGUCAUUUAAAUAUCUAUUUAAAAAAUAGGAAGCUGCUUUUAUAUUUAAUAAUAAAAGAAG